GUCGAGAAUCGCGCAUAGAGCAUAUGAGUGGAUUGUGAGUGAUAUGAAGGCAUUUCCGUCGGUCGAAAAGAUGUCGUCCAGCACCUCUUGCUUCCGCCAUGUGCUCCUCGUCCGUUACCCACCGGCCGCUGCGCCAGAGCUCGUCCGUUUCGGUGAGCCCGGGCCUGAUGUCGUAGUCUGCGUAGCGCUCGGCGAUCCAGGCGCGCGUGCUCCGCCGGCCGCAGAUAUCCAGUACCUUGAAAUCUAUCAACCAGUUGGAUUCUCUUGCCAUUUGAUGCAAACGCCCGAGGAUGUUGACCCUCAGCGUAGCCCCAUCUCCACGUCCCCCGGCGGGCCUUUUGCCCUGCGCAUCCACACCGCCCAACCGAGCAUUACCAGAGAUGUCAGCAAGACAGUUAUCAAUGCGUAG